AUGGCCACCUUCAAAUGCAUAGCAGAGCAAGACGAUGUGCCUUGGUCACAAGCCCAUACCCACUUAGCAAACAUGGGCGGAUUCGUUUUGAAAUUUAGCGAAACAACUCCUCUGGUCCCUCAUCACCGGGUGUGGAAAUUUGCCGGUACCGGAAUACCUCCAACGAAUGUUCUGAAUCCACGUUCAAAAAUCAGUCAAGCAGCCACAGAACUAACAGUGAAUUCCGCAAACCCGCACCGAAACUCCUUGCCAGCCCGAAUUAUCAAGAAGCUGAACUCCCCCAAGGGACCGGACUACCUGCGGGCAACUAGUAUGACAGCCAUGUCACGCAAAAUAGGUACGAUCGACUGGCAUAAAGAAAAGUUGAAUUCAGUCGCCGUGGAUAAAGCCAUAGAGACUGUCACUUUGGAUGACUUCCAGGGGUCAUAUGAGAAAAAGUCUUUUCUCUCCCAAUAUGAUGAAUGGUUCUGCAAUCUUAGAACUUUUCGAGGAAACAUCUGGGUGCUAGAUUCCAAUCAAGUACUCCUGGCACGGCAGCUUGGCAUCAUCAAGAGGCUGCCGAAUGUCUCAGAAGAUGAGAUAUCGGACAGAAAUAAAGGUGACCUGUUCGUCAAGAUUAUUGCCUUAUGCCAGAUUCUAUGGUUCUCUUUCCAGUUUGGGGUUCGGGUUCGCCUAAAUCUCUCCACCAGCCUACUUGAAGUUCUUACCCUUGCGUCCACGGUCUCAACCUUCUUCAUUUAUUUACUUUUGUUGAAAAAACCAAAGGACGUUGAAUGCUCGAUUGGAAUUCUUGCCACACGUUACGCUAGCCCAAAAGAAAUGAUCCGACUUGCUUUGGUUGGGCCUAAGCCCUAUAACUAUAGGAGUUCGCCUUGGAUCCCAAACAGCGCCCGUCAUUGGUCCCGCAACACAACUGCGCAUCCUUUGAUGGGGGCUACAUUUGGUGCUGUCGUCUUUGGGGGAUUGCAUUACGUGGCUUGGUAUUGGCACUCCAGCUUUCCAUCUGAAUUUGAUAAAUGGGCAUGGAACAUAGCCUCCGCUGUUGCAAUGGCUGCAGUUCCCACAGUCUAUCUCGUCCAGGCGCUGAUUACCUCGAUCACAAGACUAUGCUCAUAUAAAACCAAUAUCCUCUUGAGAAGCGGGUUCGAAAGAGGUGCGCGAUAUUCCUUUUCAUAUUUGAUUUGGGCGGUUUUUUUUCUUUCUCGACUCUGUGUUCUUGUCCUGGCUUUCCGGUCUUUGGCCUUUUUGAACCCGGAAACUUUCCAGAAGACUUUGUCGGACAAUAUCCCCCAUAUGCAUUAA